AUCACCUCCAUGCCUCCAGUUGUGCCUUUUGCACGCUAAAUCUACGAUUUCUACUGUUAAAAUCAACAAAAGAUCCUUGAUGUCACGAUGAUUUCUGUCGGACAACCUAAGAAUAUCGUUAUUGUUGGAGGUGUCGCCGGUGGCAUGUCGUGUGCUACACGCCUUCGUCGUCUAGACGAGAAAGCAAAUAUUACCGUUCUUGAAAAGGGCAAGUAUAUCAGCUAUGCGAAUUGCGGGAUUCCGUACGCUUUGGGAAAUGUCAUUACGGACAAAACCAAAUUACAUGUCCAGACGAGCGAGAAGAUUGCCAGCUGGUUCAAUAUUGACGUCAGGACGGAAGUUGAACUCGUAGCAAUUGACAGGACAAACAAAGUCAUACAUGUCAAAAGCGUUGGGGCCAAUUGUGGCAAAAUGCACUGCGACAUCGAAAACAUCAGCUAUGAUAAACUUGUCCUGGCCCUCGGAACUGAUCCAUUCAUACCACCCAUCAAGGGCGUUGACUCAGAGCAUGUCUUCACGCUUCAAACUAUUCCGGAUCUGGAGAAUAUUCAAUCAUACAUUGCAGCACACAAGUGCCAGAACGCGACAGUCAUAGGAGGGGGAUUCAUAGGCCUCGAGGCUGCUGAAAACCUACGGUUGUUGGGCCUGAAUGUUACGAUCAUGGAAUACCUACCUCAUAUCUUCCCACCCGUUGACCGCGACAUGGCCCAUCCACUACAAAAAGAAUUGGAGCGUCACGGGGUUCGCCUCAUCUUAAAUGCUCGCAUCACUGAAAUUACAGCCACGGGGUCCGACAAGCCUAGCCAGAUAUUACUCACUGGGGCCGACCCCGUCACGGCAGAUCUCAUCAUAAUGAGUGUGGGAGCGCGCCCGCGAACAGCAAUUGUCGAACAGGCGGGCAUACAGACAGGAAAAUCAGGUGUCAUUGUGAAUGGCGCCAUGCAAACAAGCGACCCUGACAUCUAUGCAGUGGGGGACAUGAUCGAAACUCCCCAUUUAGUCUCUGGACUUCCGACACGAAUCGCCCUUGCGGGCCCUGCAAACCGUCAGGGGCGGCUCGCGGCUGACCACAUAUGCGGGAUGAACGUCAAUUAUCGCGGCAAUGUGGGAACGGCAGUUUGCAAGAUAUUUGAUUUGACUGUCGGUAUCGUCGGGCUGUCAGUCGAUGCCUUAAGAUCCAUAGGGCAAGGUGACAAAACAAGGCAUCUGACCAUCCAUCCUUCCCAACACGCUGGAUAUUAUCCAGGGGCUGAGCCCAUGGUGUUGAAGGUCGCUUUCGAGGCCGACUCGGGCCGUUUGCUUGGGGCCCAAAUCAUCGGAAAAGAAGGGAUUGACAAAAGAACCGAUGUACUCGCCAUGGCAAUCCGUGCUGGGAUGAGCAUCGAAGACCUGGAACAUGUUGAGCUUGGGUAUGCUCCGCCAUACGGAGCUGCCAAGGAUCCAGUCAACAUGGCAGGCUUUGUGGGUGGCAACAUACUGAGGGGCAUCAUGCAACCAGUCUAUGCUGAAGACCUCGUCAAGGAAGUCUGUCUCGAAGACUGUGUCGGCCACCGAGAAAGACACCUGCCCAAAAAGUACCAGGUUGUCGAUGUCCGCACCCCGGAGGAAUUCUACAAGGGCCAUUUGAUUGGUGCUGUCAACAUCCCGCUCGAUACUCUUCGAAGAUCAUUGCUUCUGUUCGAUAGAAGCAAGACAAUAUUGGUUUAUUGCCAGGUAGGAUACCGUGGAUAUCUGGCAUAUCGCAUCUUGAAACAAAAUGGGUUUGAAGCGGUGAAUAUGGACGGUGGAUUCAAAGCUGUCUGCGUGGGUGGAUACGAUUUGCUGAUCGACCAGGAGAAAUAAAUAACAGUGUGCUUUGGGGUUGCUGCGAUAUAUCCAUCUAUAGUUACACCAUCUCUUUUAACUGUGAAA